CAUACACAUACACAUAUCCUUCUAGUUCCAUGUCUGAAAACCAAAAAUACUGGUUUUCUUUCUACUCACACUCGCUCUCAAUUUCAGUCUUUAGUUUUGGGCUGUUGUAGAGGUCAGUCAGCUUCUUCAAUUUUUGUUUUGUUUUUGUUUUUGGUUUUCUUUUUUCUUGUUGAUAUUAAUUAUUUGAGUUUUGGGUUUGAAUUUAUUUCGGGCGUUUGGUCAAUGAGCAUCUUCAAUUUUUGUUUCUGUUUGCUGAUAUAAAUAUUCUGAGUUUUUGGUUUUAAUUCCUUUCGAGAAAUUGAAUCUUUAGGCAGUUUGUGAGCUUCUUUAAUUUUUUUUUGUUUUUUUUUUUUUGGGGGGAAUGUUGAUGUAUAAUAAAACAGUUUAAUUUUUCAGUUAUAAUUUAUUUUUGGAUAUUUCGUCUUAGAGCUGUUGUUCUUGCUGGAUUUUGGUUUCUCAAUUUGAAAUUUCUACUGGAUAUUUUCAUUUCUGAGUUUGUGCACUGGAAAUUUCUUCAAAAUCCCAUUUCAUACGCUCAUUCUGAAACAGAGCCCAUUUCUUUUUCCAUUUUAUAGGUUGAUUCCCUUUAUAUAUGUAGGUUUCUAUGUAUGUUGACUUCAUUUUACAAAUCUAUUAAUGCAACGGACCAAUUCUAUGCAUUUCAAAAAGAGAGCUCUUCAAUUUUGCAGAAAAUAUUUAAGUGGUUCUGUUUAUACACUUUCUUUCGUUGGCCUCUAAGAAAAUCCUGGAGAAUCAUUUUGAUAACUUUAUCAUAACCUGUGUGAUUGAUUGAGUUUGCUUCCAACAGUAAAAUGUGUUAUAUCCAUGUAGACAGUUUGAUAAAGAAGUAGACAAUCUUCUCAGGAUUUUAUAACCAUGGCUACAAAAAGAGUGAAGAGAAACUGUGGAGAAAAAAAGGUACAAAAUGAGCCCGACAUCAUGGCCGAAGACCGCAUAUCACAAUUACCUGAUUCUCUCAUACAUUAUAUUUUCUCAUUCCUUCCUACCAUUCAUCUUGUUAGAAUGAGUCGUGUUUCAAGGCGUUGGAGACGGAUGUGGGUUUCCACUCCCUUUUUAUAUUUUGAUUGUCAAUUCAAUGAUGUUACUUUCACCAAGCAGGUAAAUAGAUUAAGUAUGUUCCUAAAAUUUUUGGGAAACUGUUUGAGAUGUCGAAAGCUAUACAUGCAACCAGAUACAUUCAUAACAAGUUUGAAGCUUCACACGUACUAUAAACUUGGACGCUAUGCUGCUCAACGUGUAGAUAAUUGGGUGAGGUUUGCCAUUCAAAGUAAAGUGAAGGAGUUAGAUCUUCAAGUGCGAGGGUACUGUACUCCUCCGUUUGUUUAUACUGCAAGUUCAUUGAUGCAACUGAAGGUUCAUAUGGGGUCUGAGGUCGCUUCACUUUCAACCUCAAGUUCAUUAACUCAUCUUGAGUUAAGAGGUUUGAAGCUGGAGGAUUUGCAUUUACUAGACCCAAAGGAAAUUCAUCCUAUGCAUGGAUAUCUAUGUAGGUUGGAUAUAAGCAACAUAGAUUUUCCUGCUAAAACACUUAAAACUCUCUCAUUAUUUUCUGUGACGUGUGCUGAUCAGCGGCUGGAAUGUUUAAUUUCUGGGCUUCCCCUGCUUGAGAGAUUAACUUUAAUUUGUUUUUAUGGAGUAAAUAUUAGUAUCCUUAGUCAUAGCCUGAAAUAUUUAUCCUUUGAUCCAUUUGGGGAUAACACAAAGGCCAAGUUUGUAACACCAAAUUUAGUUUACUUAUAUUUGAGGUGUCGUGUCUCGUGGAUCAUUUCCAUUGAGGCUCCCAACCUUUUCCAAGGCGAUUUGAGUCUUUCAGAUGGUGGCUAUAAAUCAGCUUCAUAUUUUGAUCUUGUACAUUUUCUUGCAAAUCUCAACGGCUUGAAGAAGAUGAAGCUGUCUAUCGUCUGGGAUGAGGAUAUGAUUUUUCCAGAAGAUAUAAGAAAUACAUCAUCUCCUCCCUUGCCUAAUUUGAAGCAUCUUGAAGCUUCCUUGUACGACAAGCACAAGAAAAAUUCAGAACUGCACGAAUUUUUGGUUUGGUGCGCACCUUCUGUAGAGACCGUCAAAAUAAAUGGUGAAUCUUAUUGCAAGUAUUAAGGUCUUUCUAAAAGCUGACUUUUAUACUUAAAACUACAUUUGUAAAGGUUUAAUUUUGGAGCUCACUUAUGCACGAUUGUUUCAUGUUCAUAGGUAAUUUCAGUUAGGGUUAAAUACAUUUACUACCUUCUAGUUUGGCUCAGUUUCAUUCAAGGCUUUCUAAUCUUUUUUUUCUUAUUUUGUUUGUUAUGGGACAAAAU